GCGGGUAGAGAGAGAGAGAGAGAGAGAGGGAGAGAAGUGGCAAGUUGAGAACGAAAGUAGGAGGAGUGAGAAGAGGAGAGGAAACGAAGCAACGAUGCUGCCACCACCGCGAUCAUCGCUCCGCCUCCAUUUUAGGGCGCAAAAAAUUGAAACGGACAGAGGACCAACCAGACACAGUAAUUCGUGGAUUAUCUGCACUUUUCCUCCUCCAUUACAGCCGGAAGAAGCAAGAAGCAAAGAGAACGACCGAUCGACGAGAAAGGGGAGGGGGAGGAGACAGAAGACGAAGAAGAAGAACUUGGCCCUCGCUGAGGUCGCAUCAUGGCCGGGUUCGAUCCCUCGAAGAAGGGAAACAUAAGCGUGGGUUCUCAUGUAUGGGUUGAAGAUGCACAAUUAGCUUGGGUAGAUGGUGAAGUUACUAAGAUUAGUGGUGAAGAGGUUCAAAUCCAAACCAGCAAUGGGAAAACGGUCACUUCAAAUCUAUCAAGAAUAUAUCCCAAAGACAUGGAAGCUCCUGCUGGUGGAGUUGAUGACAUGACAAAGCUCUCUUAUCUGCAUGAACCAGGAGUUCUGCAGAACUUGGCAGCUAGAUACGAACUCAAUGAAAUUUAUACUUAUACAGGAAAUAUUCUUAUUGCCAUAAAUCCAUUUCAACGGUUACCGCAUCUGUAUGAUCUUCACAUGAUGGAACAAUAUAAAGGGGCACCAUUUGGAGAGCUAAGUCCUCAUGUUUUUGCUGUGGCAGAUGUUGCAUACAGGGCAAUGAUAAAUGAAGGAAAAAGUAACUCCAUUCUGGUUAGUGGUGAAAGUGGGGCUGGUAAAACUGAAACAACAAAGAUGCUCAUGCGCUAUCUUGCCUACAUGGGUGGCCGUGCUGCAACUGAAGGACGAACAGUUGAACAACAAGUUCUGGAAUCUAAUCCAGUUCUUGAGGCAUUUGGCAAUGCUAAAACUGUUAGAAAUAACAAUUCAAGUCGUUUUGGUAAGUUUGUCGAAAUACAAUUUGAUAAUAAAGGAAGAAUAUCAGGUGCUGCCAUUAGAACUUACCUUCUUGAAAGAUCUCGGGUUUGUCAAAUUUCGGACCCUGAGCGCAACUACCAUUGCUUUUACCUUCUCUGUGCAGCCCCACCGGAGGAGGUUGAGAAGUAUAAAUUGGGAAACCCUAGGUCAUUUCACUAUCUAAACCAGUCAAAUUGCUAUGAGUUAGUCGGUAUAAAUGAUGCCAAUGACUAUUUAGCGACCAGGAGAGCUAUGGAUAUUGUUGGUAUCAGUGCACAAGAACAGGAUGCAAUUUUCAGGGUUGUCGCAUCCAUUCUUCAUAUCGGCAACAUCAAUUUCGCGAAAGGAAAAGAAGUUGAUUCGUCAGUUCUAAAAGAUGACACAGCUAAAUUUCAUCUCAAGACAGCUGCAGAGCUUCUGAUGUGUGAUCCUCAGGCCCUGGAGGAUGCACUUUGUAAGCGUGUGAUGGUAACACCAGAAGAAGUUAUUAAGAGAAGUCUUGAUCCUCAUGCUGCAACGACAAGCAGGGAUGGUCUCGCAAAGACAAUAUAUUCCCGUUUAUUUGAUUGGCUAGUCGAUAAAAUUAAUGUCUCAAUUGGGCAAGAUCCCACUUCUAAGUCUCUGAUUGGGGUCCUUGACAUCUAUGGUUUUGAGAGCUUUAAAGCAAAUAGUUUUGAGCAGUUCUGUAUUAACUUUACAAAUGAGAAGCUGCAACAACAUUUCAACCAGCAUGUUUUUAAGAUGGAGCAGGAGGAGUAUACAAAAGAGCAGAUUGAUUGGAGCUACAUUGAGUUUGUUGAUAACCAAGAUGUUCUGGAUCUUAUUGAGAAGAAACCUGGCGGUAUUAUCGCACUUCUGGAUGAAGCAUGUAUGUUUCCGAAGUCAACUCAUGAAACCUUUUCUCAGAAGCUUUAUCAGACAUUCAAAGUGCAUAAACGCUUUGUAAAGCCAAAGCUGUCCCGCACUGAUUUUACGAUAUGCCAUUAUGCUGGCGAGGUCUUAUAUCAAUCUGACCAGUUUUUGGACAAAAAUAAAGAUUAUGUUGUGGCAGAACAUCAAGAAUUGUUGAGUGCUUCAAAAUGUUCAUUUGUAUCUGGCCUUUUUCCUCCCCAGGCUGAGGAGUCAUCCAAAACUUCGAAGUUCUCCUCUAUCGGUUCACGUUUUAAGUUACAACUACAGUCCUUGAUGGAAACUCUGAAUUCCACAGAACCUCAUUACAUCAGAUGCGUUAAGCCAAACAAUCUUCUUAAGCCUGCUAUAUUUGAGAAUGUCAAUGUCAUGCAACAAUUGCGCUGUGGUGGUGUCCUUGAAGCUAUUAGAAUAAGUUGCGCCGGAUAUCCUACCCGGCGCACUUUUUUCGAAUUUCUCAACCGCUUUGGCAUUCUCGCUCCAGAAGCUCUGGAAGGACAUUUUGAUGAAAAGGUUGCAUGCAGCAAGAUUCUGGAGAAGAAGGGGCUCAAAGGUUAUCAGAUAGGCAAAACCAAGGUUUUCCUUAGGGCUGGUCAGAUGGCUGAGCUAGAUGCUCGAAGGGGUGAAGUGCUUAGCUGUGCUGCAAAAACUAUUCAGAACCAAAUUCGGACUCAUAUUACUAGAAAACAAUUUAUUACAUUGCGAACAGCUUCUGUUCUUAUGCAGUCAUUAUGUAGAGGAAGACUGGCUUCCAAAAUGUAUCAACAAAUGAGAAGGCACGCUGCUGCAAUUAAAAUUGACAAAGAAUCACGUAGGUUUCUGGCUAAGAAGGCCUAUACGCGUUUAAGGCUUUCAGUUCUUGUUAUCCAAACUGGCCUUAGGGCUAUGGCUGCUCGGAACGAGUUCAGAUUUAGAAAAAGAACUAAAGCAGCAAUCAUGAUACAGACCCAUUCUCGACGUCACAGAGCAUACUCAUACCAUAAAAGUCUAAAGAAGGCAUCUGUUGUCACCCAGUGCAGAUGGAGGGGAAGGAUCGCAAGGAAGGAGCUUAGAAAGCUCAAAAUGGCAGCACGAGAAACUGGUGCACUCAAAGAAGCAAAGGAUAAGCUUGAAAAGACGGUGGAAGAGCUCACGUGGCGUUUGCAGCUGGAAAAGAGAUUGAGGACUGAUCUGGAAGAUGCAAAAGGACAAGAAAUAACAAAAUUGCAGAAUUCACUACAAGCAAUGCAAGCUAAAGUGGAUGAAUUAAAUACAUUGCUUGCCAAGGAACGAGAGGCCGCAAAGGCUGUUGAAGAAGCACCUCCUGUAGUCCAGGAAACUCAAGUUUUUGUACAAGAUACUGAAAAAGUUGAUUCACUUACUGCAGAAGUGGAACAAUUGAAGGCCUCCCUGCAAUCAGAAAAAGAAAGGGCUGAUGAUUCUGAAAGAAAGUAUGCGGAAGCACAAACAAAAAGUGAAGAAAAACAAAAGAUGUUAGAAGAAGCAGAAGGGAAAUCACGCAAUCUCCAAGAAUCCUUGACCAGGCUUGAGGAGAAGAUAGCGAAUCUGGAGUCGGAAAAUCAAGUUCUCCGUCAACAGGCUGUAUCCGUGUCUUCUAACAAAUUUCUGUCAGGACGGACUAAGUCUUUGCAUAGAAGUUCGGACAGUGGCCAUCUUCUAACUGGUGAUACAAAAACUUCUUCAGAGUCACACCACAGCUCAUCUGCUUCGAGGGAACUUUCUGAAAUUGAGGAUAAACCACAGAGAUCGCUCAAUGAGAAGCAACAGGAGAACCAUGAUCUGUUGAUCAGGUGCAUUGCACAACACCUAGGCUUCACUGGAAGCAGACCUGUUGCUGCAUGUAUAAUAUACAAAUGCCUCCUCCAGUGGAGGUCAUUUGAAGUUGAGCGCACUAGUGUUUUUGAUCGGAUAAUCCAGACAAUUGGUCAUGCCAUUGAGACUCAGGACAAUAAUGAUGUCUUAGCAUAUUGGCUUUCCAAUGCUUCCACUUUGUUAUUGCUGCUCCAACGUACAUUAAAAGCGAGUGGUGCAGCUGGUAUGGCUCCACAGCGCCGCCGGUCAUCAUCAGCUACACUUUUUGGGAGGAUGACUCAAAGUUUCAGGGGAGCCCCUCAAGGUGUGAACCUUUCUUUAUUGAAUGGAAACUUGGUUGGUGGAGUGGAUUCAUUACGCCAAGUUGAAGCAAAGUAUCCUGCAUUACUGUUUAAACAACAACUGACCGCUUAUGUGGAAAAAAUAUACGGAAUGAUCCGUGAUAAUUUAAAGAAGGAGAUUUCUCCCUUGCUUGGUUUGUGCAUUCAGGCCCCAAGAACAUCAAGAGCAAGUUUGGUGAAAGGAUCUCAUCGGUCACUAGCAAAUGCUGCAGCUCAGGCUGCACUUAUUGCUCAUUGGCAAGGGAUUGUUAAAAGUCUUGGAAAUUUCUUAAACACAUUGAAAUCAAACAAUGUGCCACCCUUUUUAGUGAGAAAAGUGUUCACACAGAUAUUUUCCUUCAUCAAUGUUCAGCUAUUUAACAGUCUUCUAUUAAGGAGAGAGUGCUGCUCCUUCAGUAAUGGUGAAUAUGUCAAAGCAGGAUUAGCUGAACUAGAACAUUGGUGCUAUAAAGCGACAGAUGAGUAUGCUGGUUCAGCUUGGGACGAGUUAAAACACAUCAGACAGGCUAUUGGUUUCCUGGUUAUUCAUCAAAAGCCUAAGAAGACAUUGGAUGAAAUAAGCCAUGACCUCUGUCCAGUACUCAGUAUUCAACAGCUAUACCGGAUCAGCACCAUGUAUUGGGAUGACAAAUAUGGCACACAUAGUGUAUCCUCCGAUGUUAUAUCGAAUAUGAGGGUAUUGAUGACAGAGGAUUCAAACAAUGCCGUGAGCAAUUCGUUCUUGCUGGAUGAUGAUUCAAGCAUACCAUUUUCGGUUGAUGAUAUAUCAAAAUCAAUGGAGCAGAUCGACAUUUCUGAUGUUGAACCACCGGCACUCAUCCGGGAGAACAGUGGCUUCAUGUUCUUGUUACCCGCUCAGACUAACUGAACUCUAGGAAAUAGUUGAAUAUUGAUAUCCCAAUACCCAAAUGAGCCAAAUGUCUCGAAUUUGUGUUUUUCCUUCAUAACCAGCGAGCUUGCCUCCGUCAUAUUUAUUAUAUAUGUAUUUUCUUUUAGAUUUAAGCUGUAGCUUGGGUUUAGGCUGACUGUGUCAGUUAUAGUUAAUUUUUUGAAUAUAUUCUUCUCCCUGUUCAGUUGGGAGCAUA